AUGCUUCCUCGCUGCUGCCACCGCCGCCGCUCGGGUGCCUUCUGCCUCGCCGUGCUCCUCCUCCUGCACCUGCACCAGCACGCGGGCGCCCAGGCACUCGCGCGGCAGGACGUCGCCGCGCUCCACGGCCUGCGGGCGUCCCUCGGCGUGCGCGCCAGCGACUGGCCCGACCGGGCCGACCCCUGCGUCUUCUGGUCGGGCGUCGCCUGCCGCGCCGGCCGCGUCGCGGAGCUCCGCCUCUCCGGGCUCCGCCGCACCCCGCGCAGGCGCCCGGCGCGCGGCCUUCGCCCCUCUCGGGGCUCUAUCCCGCCGUCGCUCUUCUCAAUCCCUGGUCUCCGCGUUCUCGAUCUCUCCGCCAACAACCUCACCGGCCCGCUGCCCAACGUGUCCUUCUCUGGCAGUGGUGGAGCUGGAGUUUUGUUCAACGCCUCGGGUAAUUCCUUGUACGGCGCUAUCGGUGAUGCCACUGGGUCCCUCAGGAAGAGGUUCUGGGUUGUUGAUGUCUCCGACAAUUACUUCGAUCAGGUGCUUGGAACUGGGUUUCAGAAUGGGACCGAUGGUGUAGCGGAUUUCAGAAUGAACUGCUUGUCUGGCGCUGCAAACCAGCGCACCCGUGGGGAUUGUGAGGCGUUCUACGCGAGGAACGGGGUGAGUCUAGCGGUGGACCCCAAGCCAUCAUCGCCAUUGCCGCAGCCACAGCCACCACAGGUGCUGCCGAUGCCGUCAACGAGCAAGAGAGGGGGCAAAUGGAAGUUCGUAUUGGCCGGGGUCCUUGGAGGUGCUGCGAUUGUGGUAAUACUUGGCCUUAGCGCGCUGGUGGUUUGCUUGUUGAGAAGAAGAGGAAGGAGACCGAGAGGAAGAGUGGAGCAGACUGAGGAGGGCAUUCGGUCUGGGCGGAGAAGUAGUAGUGUGAAUCCCGUCACAAUGUCACCCAUGGCAUCCCCCGGAGCCAGUGGUUCACCAAAGGGCCUCCCUAUUAUCAUAGAUGAAUUCACCUGUGAGCAGUUGCACCAUGCUGCAGGGGGCUUUGGGGAUGAUAACCUCGUCAAGCAUGGGCACUCCGGUGACAUGUACCAUGGUGUCCUGGAGAGCGGCUUUCAAGUUGUCAUCAAAAAGAUUGAUCUGAAGAGCAGUAAGAAGUGCCAGGGCGAGUUGAGCUUCCUUACAAAGCAUAGCCAUAGGAGAAUCGUUUCAUUGCUGGGCCAUUUGGCUAAGGAUGAGGAGGAAUUGCUGGUCUACAAGUACAUGGCAAAAGGUGACCUCACAACUGCACUGCACAAGAAGUCAGUCGAAGUUGAACAGGGUUUGCGCUCAUUGGAUUGGAUAACGAGGCUCAAGAUUGCAAUUGGUGUGGCUGAGGCCUUGUGCUUCCUUCAUGAUGAAUGCAGUCCUCCGUUGGUUCACAGAGAUAUCCAAGCUAGCAGUGUGCUUCUUGAUGACAAAUUUGAAGUGCACCUUGGGAGUCUGGGUGAAAUAUGCACUCAACAAAGUGCAGGAAGCCAGAGUUUCUUCUCUCGGAUUCUAAGAUCAUCGAGGUCCCUUGACAAGAACAUAUCAGGUCCACCAGCUAGCUGCUCAUACGAUGUUUACUGUUUUGGGAAGGUGCUACUAGAGCUAAUCACCGGAAACUUUGGUGUGAGUGGCUCAACUGACGCAGAUUCAGAAGAGUGGUUAGCAAGAACAUUAGGUUACAUCAAUGCCAAUGACAAGGAGGAUGUCUCAGGUAUUGUAGAUCCUACCCUUGUUGUGGAUGACGACCACCUAGAGGAAGUAUGGGCAGUGGCCAUUGUCGCAAAGACAUGCCUGAAUCCAAAGCCCUCUAGGCGUCCACUCGCGCGCUAUAUCUUGAAAGCACUGGAGAACCCACUAAGGGUGGUGCAGGAGCAGGAAGAGCUCCAACCCAAUCCAUCUCAUCUCAGAAGUACCCCAUCUCACGGCUCUUGGCGUUUUGCCUUCCAUGGAAACAAGUACCACGGCUGGGAGGUCAUGCCAACGACGGGGCAAGCACUUGCUCAGAAAAAUACAGCGAAGUCUCAGGGAACCGAGGCAAGCGAUGAGGACGAAGAGAAUUCAUUCUCAUUCAAGAGGGCUUCACGGGAAAAUUUCCCGGAUCCCAUAGAGUUUGAAGAAAGUGUUGUUGUGUAG